AAGUAAAAAAAAAAUGAGUCAAGAUGAUUUAUAAAGGAAAGAGACGACAGUUAUACUCUCACAAAACUUAACGUAAUUAUCUCCCUCACCUUCCCCACUCUAUUCUCGGCUUCGCCGGAGAUUUAUACUAACACUGCAAAAUUCACUCACCUUUCAAUAAAUCAAAACCCCUAGUUUCGCCGGAAAUCUCUCAAUUCCGUUGGAAAAUUCUUCUCGAUACAAUCUCUCCUUGCUCACAUUCAUAACGAGGCAAUGUUGAUUUCUCAAUGUCGGAGAUGACAGCUGCAAUUUCACCUUCUUUUAACGCAAACACUAAACAUAACAAACCACCGUCGUUUCCAUCGGAAUCAUCAAAUCGCCGGCCAAAAACACGAGACGUAGCAUCACGAUACCUCGGCGGUGCUUCUUCUUUAUUUCACCAAUCAUCACCGAAAAGAUGUCAAUCUCCGACCGUUACUCGACCGGUUGCUACAAAUCGGCCGAAAUCAACACCUCGUCGUGAGUCGUUAGAUCGUGGAGAAGUUUCUAAAGCGCAGAGAAUGUUGUUGACUUCUGGGAGAAGCUUGUUUGCGUCGUUUCAAGCGGAUUCGUUUACAGGGAAUGAGAAUAGAUCGCAGUUGAUUUCGUCUCCGAUUACUCCAGUGAGAGGUACGAAGACGACUUCUUCGGCAACAACAUCUAGAAGUGGUGGAGGUAAACAAGAGAAAUUGAAGCUCUCUGAUCAAUGGCCUAGGUCUUUGCAACCUAAUUGUUUGAGUAGAAGCGUAGACUUUACAGAUACUAGGAAGAAACUAACCGGAUCUGGCAAUGGUGUAGCUAGAGUUCUGCAGAAUUCCAUGGUGAAUAAUAGACCGGUUUCGCGUGAACGGAGAGAUUCAUUGAGUGUUGAUUUAGAGACAGAGAGUGUUUCUUCUGGAAGCUCUAAUGGAAGAGGGAAAAUGUUACUAGUUUGUGGCAAUGUGGUUAAGGCGAGAGUUUCGCAAUCGAGGUCGCAGGAUCGGUUAGAGACUAGCUCACAUGGACUGAGGAAGAUAUCUGUGGAUAGUUGUGUAUUGUCCCCAAAAGGAAGCCAAUUGUUUCCAAAAAGUGAGCAGAUUCGACCUGUUUCACCUGGUAAAUUUGGUAUGAAUGCAGCUUUGUCGAGUCCGAGAGGAACCAGCAUUGUUAGAGGAAUAAGCCCUUCGAGAGGCGUUGUUCCUCCAAGAGGGGUUACUCCUUCAGGCAGAAUGAGUCCACUAAGAGUGAGAAGCUCGAUGAGUAAAAAUACGCCUUUGAUUCCGAAUUUUGCUGUGGAUGCUAAAGAGAAGAUCAGAGAUAAUGGAGUUGCUGAUGCUCACUUGUUAAGGCUAUUUCACAAUAGAUUGCUCCAAUGGCAAUUUGCUAAUGCACGAGCAAAUGCUGUUAUCUCUGCACAAAAGAUGAGAGCGGAGAAAAGACUGUGCAAUGCAUGGAUAAGUAUCUCUAAGCUAUAUGAUUCUGUCAGAGCGAAAAGAAUCGAAUUGCAGCACCUGAAGCAGAGUUUGAAACUGAUAUCUAUUCUCAAUAAGCAGAUGGGACAUCUAGAAGAGUGGUUGGUUAUGGACCGGGAUUAUAUGGGUUCUUUAGUAGGAGCUGCUGAAGCGCUAAAAGGCAGCACACUUUGUCUACCUGUUGAUUGCGGGGCAAUGGUAAAUGUACAAAGUGUUAAGGAUGCCAUUUGUUCAGCAGUUGAUGUUAUGCAAGCAAUGGCAUCUUCCAUAUGCUUGUUACUGCCAAAGGUUGGGAAAAUAAGUAGCUUGGCAGCAGAACUUGGCCGUGUGAAUGUCAAGGAGGAAGGGAUGCUCGACAUGUGCUGGGACCUUCUAAACACAAUCUCAGCUCUGCAGGUAACGGAAUGCAGUUUGAGGACACAGGUGACACAGCUACAAUAGUAAAGUGUCAAUAAGUUAACAAAACCGAGUGUAAGUAAGAAUGCAACGAGAUCAUCUAAUUCAAAUAGAGGCCAAUUCGCUUGAUAGUUUAACAAUCAGAAAGUCAGUUGUAAAUAUUUUCGACUCGGUGUUCUAAUGAAUUUAGUAUACUGUUGCUACUGUUGUUCGACAGAUACUAAUAUUUACAUCGUAUAGAGCCAUCCUCCAAUUAGUUUUAGGUAGACAAUGAACAUCUUUAGACUAAGAUUUCUUAAAUAUCAUUAUAAACUCUCUUAUA